AAUGAUUCCUGGGGUACGCAGUACUCCUACGCCCUGUUCAAGGCGAUGAGUCACAUGCUGUGCAUCGGUUAUGGGGCGCAGGCCCCCGAGGGGAUGACGGAUCUGUGGCUCACGAUGCUCAGCAUGAUCGUGGGGGCCACGUGCUACGCCAUGUUCAUCGGCCAUGCCACGGCGCUCAUCCAGUCACUGGACUCCUCGCGCCGCCAGUACCAAGAGAAGUACAAGCAGGUGGAGCAGUACAUGUCGUUUCACAAGCUCCCCGGAGACGUGAGGCAGCGUAUCCACGAGUACUACGAGCAUCGCUUCCAGGGCAAGAUGUUCGAUGAGGAGAACAUCCUGGGAGAGCUGAGUGAGCCCCUCAAAGAGGAGAUUGUGAAUUUUAACUGCCGCAGCCUGGUUGCGAACAUGCCCCUGUUUGCCAACGCGGACCCCAACUUCGUGACGGCCGUGCUGACCAAGCUGCGCUUCGAGGUGUUCCAGCCCGGAGACUUCGUCGUGCGCGAGGGCACCGUGGGCAAGAAGAUGUACUUCAUCCAGCACGGCGUGGUGAGCAUCCUCACCCGCGGCAACAAGGAGACCAAGCUGUCCGACGGCUGCUACUUCGGGGAGAUCUGCUUGUUGACUCGAGGUCGUCGCACGGCCAGCGUUCGGGCGGACACGUACUGUCGGCUCUACUCCCUCUCGGUGGGCAGCUUCAACGAGGUGCUGGAGGAGCACCCCAUGAUGAGGAGAGCCUUCGAGAACGUGGCCAUGGACCGACUCGACCGCAUCGGUAAGAAGAACUCUGUCCUGCUGCGGACGGGCUCUGCGGACCCGAGCGGGGGGGCACGGGGGGGGCGGUAUGGCUCCUGCGACAGCGAGAUCGUUCAUCAGAUCGUGAAGCACGACCAGGACAUGGCGGCACACACCCUCCAGGACCUGCCCGCCCCGCGAACUGUCAUCUGGGCGCCCCUGGUCCACGCGCCGCUCCAGACAGCCGCUGCCACCACCAGCGUGGCCAUCGCCCUGACGCACCACCAGCACCCCCAGCACCCCAUCUACCUGCCCCCCCCGCCGGCAGCCUCACCCUCCACCCACACGCCCUCCCCUCCCCGGGGCUCCCCUCUCUCCCUGGCCUCCUGCCAGGAUCCCCAGGCCGGCAAACCCCCCCUGCCUCCCAGGUCCCACCCUAAUCUAGCCUCAGGCUCCCGCCCGGCUUCUAUCAGCUCUCUGGGGGCUCUGAGUGGAGGGGGAGGGGGGGUGGCCCCUCGAGCGCACGCCCCCAGAUCCCCGUCCGGUUCUGUGUCAUCCGCUUCUUCCCAGAACCAGCCGGGGGUCUACCCCGUCCCUCCUCCCACGAGCCCCCCUCCUCCUCCUCCCCCUCCCACUCCCCCUCCCAUUCCCAGCCGGGGCGGGGGGAGAGGCAGGGGAGAGGAGCCUCAGAAACAGCCCCAAGUCCCGCUGUCCCAGACGCGAGCCAGCUCUCUCUCCACCUCCCUCCUGCAGCAGCAGCAGCAGCAGCAGCAGCGACGGCCCCCCGGGGGCAGGACUCUGCACUCCAGCUUCCGGGCCCUGCCCGCCCCCCCCUCGCAGAGGCAGACGGGCCGCAGCAUCAGUGGCAGCUCCACUCCCCAGCAGCAGGGGGCGCUGGCGGGGGCGGUCGGCAGGCUGUCUCGGGAGGGCCGGCUCCUCUCCGCCUCCCAGCCCUCGCUGCCUCACAGGGGCUCCCAGGGGCAGCUACACCUCCAGCGGCCUGGAUCCCGGCAGAGCCACCCGGAGCCGCUGCAGUGCUUCCUGGACCGCAGCCACUCGCAGUACAGCCGCAAGGCCUCCGGGGGCAGCCUCACCCCCUUCCUGCCCUCCUUCUACCCACCAUCCCCCUCCUUCUUCUCCACCUCCUUCUCUUCCUCCUCCCCUUCCUCCAACCCCCAGUCUCCCUCCGUCGCUCCCGGGGGGCAGCUGGCCAGGAGGUGCGCGGGCAGCGCGGGCAUGCUGUCGGGCACCCCUCCCGGCACGCCAGGCAGCACGGGUCCUUCUGUCAGUGGACAGCAGCAGCAACUCCUUCCUCCUCCUCUUACUACUUCUUCUUCUUCUUCUUCUGCUGCUGCUGUUUUACCUUCCCUCGCUCCUCCUCUCUCCCCCUCCCCCCAUGCCUCAGUCCCACAGUCCUCCGCCAGCGCCAAGGCUAUCCCACAAUCCUCUCCUGCUGUCUCACAGUCCUCCCCCAGCGCCAAGGCUAUCCCACAAUCCUCUCCUGCUGUCCCACAGUCCUCCGCCAGCGCCAAGGCUAUCCCACAGUCCUCCACCAGCGCCAAGACUAUCCCACAAUCCUCUCCUGUUGUCUCACAGUCCUCCACCAGCGCCAAGGCUAUCCCACAAUCCUCUCCUGCUGUCUCACAGUCCUCCCCCAGCGCCAAGGCUAUCCCACAAUCCUCUCCUGCUGUCCCACAGUCCUCCGCCAGCGCCAAGGCUAUCCCACAAUCCUCUCCUGCUGACUCACAGUCCUCCACCAGCGCCAAGGCUAUCCCACAAUCCUCUCCUGCUGUCUCACAGUCCUCCGCCAGCGCCAAGGCUAUCCCACAAUCCUCUCCUGCUGUCUCACAGUCCUCCGCCAGCGCCAAGGCUAUCCCACAAUCCUCUCCUGCUGACUCACAGUCCUCCACCAGCGCCAAGGCUAUCCCACAAUCCUCUCCUGCUGUCCCACAGUCCUCCGCCAGCGCCAAGGCUAUCCCACAAUCCUCUCCUGCUGUCUCACAGUCCUCCGCCAGCGCCAAAGCUAUCCCACAAUCCUCUCCUGCUGUCUCACAGUCCUCCGCCAGCGCCAAGGCUAUCCCACAAUCCUCUCCUGCUGUUCAACAGUCCUCCGCCAGCGCCAAUGCUAUCCCACAGUCCUCCACCAGCGCCAAGGCUAUCCCACAAUGCUCUCCUGCUGUCUCACAGUCCUCCACCAGCGCCAAGGCUAUCCCACAAUGCUCUCCUGCUGUCUCACAGUCCUCCGCCAGCGCCAAGGCUAUCCCACAAUCCUCUCCUGCUGUUCAACAGUCCUCCACCAGCGCCAAGGCUAUCCCACAGUCCUUCGCCAGCGCCAAGGCUAUCCCACAAUCCUCUCCUGCUGUCCCACAAUCCUCCACCAGCGCCAAGGCUAUCCCACAGUCCUCCACCAGCGCCAAGGCUAUCCCACAAUCCUCUCCUGCUGUCUCACAGUCCUCCACCAGCGCCAAGGCUAUCCCACAAUCCUCUCCUGCUGUCUCACAGUCCUCCGCCAGCGCCAAGGCUUUCCCACAAUCCUCUCCUGCUGUCACACAGUCCUCCGCCAGCGCCAAGGCUAUCCCACAAUCCUCUCCUGCUGUCUCACAGUCCUCCGCCAGCGCCAAGGCUUUCCCACAAUCCUCUCCUGCUGUCACACAGUCCUCCGCCAGCGCCAAGGCUAUCCCACAAUCCUCUCCUGCUGUCUCACAGUCCUUCGCCAGCGCCAAGGCUAUCCCACAAUCCUCUCCUGCUGUCCCACAGUCCUCCGCCAGCGCCAAAGCUAUCCCACAAUCCUCUCCUGCUGUCUCACAGUCCUCCGCCAGCGCCAAGGCUAUCCCACAAUCCUCUCCUGCUGUUCAACAGUCCUCCACCAGCGCCAAGGCUAUCCCACAAUCCUCCACGACUUCCCCACAAACCCCCACUGCUGCCCCUGGCUCUGCUGCUCUAGCCCCUGCGAGCCUGAGCUCCGUGGUGCCGGGAGGAGGCAGCAAACAGCAGCCCCCCCGCAUGUGAAGAGCACGCCAGCAACACGCCCCGGAACUGGGACCACAGCCCUGUGACACUGAACCACCUACUCCUGUUCAACAGACAGACAGACAGAGACAGACAGACAGACAGACAGACACACACGCACGCACGCACGCACGCACGCACGCACGCACGCACGCGCACGCGCACGCGCACGCACGCACGUGUUCAGUCCUCAGGGGUCCCAGUCUCUCCUUCUUCCAAACCUCUCAUCACCAAAGCAUUAACUAAAAAGCAAUCCUUUCUUUGUUCGUUUUUUUGCCAGUUUCGUUCAGUGUUGUGUUUUUUUAAUUUGUUUUGAUAAAUUGUAUGUAUGUAAAUAUUCAUGUAACACGUGACAAAAUCUUCUUACCUUUAACCCCACCCCCCAAAAACCCUCUCACCUGUGGGCAGCCGCGAUCUCCAGCCGUGUCUCUCUGUGCUUCUCAAUGCAGAGCAGGAUUCAGUCACACCUUGUGUUAUCUGAACCACAAAUGAAACCACAGCUUCUGCUAUUAAAAAAAAAAGAGUGCAUCACGCGGCGGUCAGCUUUUAGAAGCGGACAGCAACGCAAACAAACAGGAGAGCAGCUCCAAACUGAGCCCGCGGUGCUGUUCCGCAUGCCCCUCUCCGUGCGAGCGCUGCUCAGCCCGUCAGUACCGCGGUGAUCUUUCAUCAAGGUCACCUCACACUAGUCCAGGCAGCGUUUAUAACGCGUGCGGGGAAGCGGGUUUCAGGAUCUCACAUCGAGAUGGUGGAGAUUGCUUCACGUCCAUUGGAAACUGUUCAAUGUAACUGAGCCACGCCCCCCUGUAGCCAAUAGCAGGGGGUGUGGUCAUCGAGAGCUUGGCUUGCCCCUCCCCUUUGAUGCCAAACGCCUGUCGUGUGUGUGUCGAAUCACCAAAGACUCGGUCCUGGAAGCCCACCCCCACAACCCCACACCCCCCCACAACCCCACACCCCUACACCCCCACAACCCCACACCCCCACACCCCCACAACCCCGCAGCCCCACACCCCCAAACCCCCACACCCCACACCCCCCACAACCCCACACCCCCACAACCCCGCAGCCCCACACCCCCAAACCCCCACACCCCCACACCCCCCACAACCCCACACCCCCAAACCCCCACACCCCCACAGCCCCGUCCCUCCCCCGCACAGUGAGUUUCGACUCUUGCUUAUAUUAACUAGCUGUACAUAGUGGGUA